AUGGAAAUCCCGGGGCUGCUCCCGGCCCGCGGGGCGCCUGCAGGCGGCGGCGCCCGCAGCCCCGCGGGCGGCGGCCGCGUCCACGGCGCCCUCGACCCGCGGGCCGGCCAGGCCCCCGCGCGCCGCCUCCUGCUGCUGCGGGGCCCCCAAGAUGGCGGGCGCGGGCGGCGGCGCCAGGAGGCCCGCGCGGCCUCGCGGGGCCCAGGCCCCAGCCCUCUGGCGCCCAGGCCCGGGCCGGCUGCGGGGGCGGGCGGCGGCGGCGGCGGCGGCGACGACUUCUUCCUGGUGCUGCUGGACCCGGUGGGUGGCGACGUGGGGCCCGCGGGCGGCGGCGGCCAGGCCGCGGGGCCCGUGUGGAGGGAGGAGGCCGGGCCGGGCCCCGGGCCCCGUGGGGGCGAGGGCGGCGCGAACCCCGCGGGCCGCCCCGCGCCGGGGCCCCGCUGCCUGUCGGCGCUCCCGGCCGCGCUCCCCGCCCCGGCGCCGGCCCCGCCGCGGGCCGCCCCGCUCCCCGGGCCGGGCCUGGGCCCCGCCGCGGCCUUCGCGGGCACCGUGACCCUCCACAGCCAGAACCUGCUGCUGCGCUUCGAGAACGGCGUCCUGACCCUCGCCGCGCCCCCGCCGCCGCCGCCGCCCCCCCGCCCCCCGCCGCCCGCCUGGGAGCCGGGGGUCGCGCCCGCCCCGCCGCCCGCGCCGCAGCCCGCGGGCCCGAUCGCGCCCCCGGCCGGGGCCCCGCACGCCGCGCAGCCCGGCGACUGCCCCGAGCGGCCGCCCGACCUGCUGCUGGCCGAGCCCGCCGAGCCCGCGGAGCCCGCGCCCGAGGAGGAGGCGGAGGCCGAGGCGCCGGCCCCGGCCCCGGCCCCGGCCGCCCCGAGCCCCCGCGCGCCGGGCCUGCUGCUGUACCUGUGCCCCGAGGCGCAGUGCGGCCAGACCUUCGCCAAGAAGCACCAGCUGAAGGUGCACCUGCUGACGCACAGCAGCAGCCAGGGCCAGCGGCCCUUCAAGUGCCCGCUGGGCGGCUGCGGCUGGACCUUCACCACGUCCUACAAGCUCAAGCGGCACCUGCAGUCGCACGACAAGCUGCGGCCCUUCGGCUGCCCGGCGCAGGGCUGCGGCAAGAGCUUCACCACCGUGUACAACCUCAAGGCGCACAUGAAGGGCCACGAGCAGGAGAACUCCUUCAAGUGCGAGGUGUGCGAGGACAGCUUCCCCACGCAGGCCAAGCUCAGCGCCCACCAGCGCAGCCACUUCGAGCCCGAGCGGCCCUACCAGUGCGCCUUCUCGGGCUGCAAGAAGACCUUCAUCACCGUCAGCGCCCUCUUCUCGCACAACCGCGCCCACUUCCGCGAGCAGGAGCUCUUCUCCUGCUCCUUCCCGGGCUGCAGCAAGCAGUACGACAAGGCCUGCCGCCUCAAGAUCCACCUGCGCAGCCACACGGGCGAGAGGCCCUUCCUGUGCGACUUCGACGGCUGCGGCUGGACCUUCACCAGCAUGUCCAAGCUGCUCAGGCACAAGAGGAAGCACGACGACGACCGCAGGUUCCUGUGCCCCGUGCAGGGCUGCGGCAAGUCCUUCACCAGGGCCGAGCACCUCAAGGGCCACAGCAUCACCCACCUGGGCACCAAGCCCUUCGUGUGCCCCGUGGAGGGCUGCUCCGCCCGCUUCUCCGCGCGCAGCAGCCUCUACAUCCACUCCAAGAAGCACCUGCAGGACGGGGACACCUGGAAGAGCCGCUGCCCCGUCUCCGCCUGCAACAAGCUCUUCACCUCCAAGCACAGCAUGAAGACGCACAUGGCCAAGAGGCACCACCUGGGCCCGGACCUCCUGGCGCAGCUGGAGGCGGCCAGCGCGCUGACGCCCAGCAGCGAGCUCACCAGCCAGGGCCAGAGCGACCUCAGCGACGCCGAGCUGGUGUCCCUCUUCGCCGAGGGGCCCGAGCCCGGGUCCGCCGCGGUGCUGGACACGGCCCUGGUCAACUCGGGCAUCUUGACCAUCGACGUGGCCUCCGUGAGCCCCACGCUGGCCGGGAGCCUCCCCGCCGGCGGCCACAGCAGCGCCUCCGUGGGGCAGCCCGUGGACCCGCGGGCGCUGAUGGCCACCGCCGACCUCCCUCAGAGCCUGGACACCUCUCUGUUCUUUGGCACGACGGCCACCGGCUUUCAGCAGAGCCCCUUGGACCUGGACGACGGGUCCGGCCCGGGCGCGGGGCCCUUGGGGUCUCUGGGCUCUUUGGCCCUGAAAACCUCCGGCCAGGAGCCCCAGGCCCUGACCCCCAGCAGCAAGCUGACCGCGGACACCGACGCGCUGACCCCGUCCAGCACCCUCUGCGAGAACAGCGUCUCCGAGCUGCUGACGCCCUCCAAGGCCGACUGGGCCGUCCACCCCGACUCGGACUUCUUCGCGCAGGAGGAGGACGACACCCAGUUCGGCUUCUCGCAUCCCGCAGGGAGCCAUGGCUGCCCCAAAGAGACGGACCUCAUCACGGUGACCGGCAGCUCCUUUCUGGUAUGAGCCCGCGCCCUGCAUUCCUCGCCACGCCGCGCGGCGCCCGUGUCUUCGUUGCACGCGAUGUUGAGGACGCUCUGGACUCGGUGUGGAACUGCGGCCCUUCCUCUGGGCUUUCAAAGAGAACUCGGCCCCGGGCUGUGCAUUUGCAGGUUUCAAUUCUGACCUUGAAUCUGGAACUGUUGAGUUGAGUGACCCUGAGCAAGUCACUUAACCUAUCUGAGCCUUAAUGUCCUUAUUUAUACAAUGAGGUCGUUUCAAUAGAUUGCUUCUGAGGUCCUCUGAGCUCUGUAUUUUCAUGGUAUUGUGCUCUCUUUUUUUGAAAAGCUUAGGACAUUUUACAAUGAUUAACUAUUGCAUGUGCUCUAACGUGAUGAAAAAUGCAUUGAGAGUUAAUGAUCAGAAAUUGUGGCACUGCUGUUAAACGUUAAAAGUAAUGGAAAUUUUACACAAUGCCAAAGCAUUUCUGAAACGUAGUGGUAGAGCUUGAACAUUGGACGAUAAAAAGAUAAAAAUACGGGCUGGUUCUUUUUCUCUGUUUAUCUUUACAGCCUCUUUUUUUUUUCUGUAAGAUUGUGUUGUUGUGGAAUGUGCCAGGGCUUUGCUAUAACUCAGUCCCAGAACAAAUUGACUUGUGUUGUUGAAUAAGUGGCCUUAAGUAAGUUCUUUAGUCUCCCCAAACCUCAGUUCCCUAACGGUAAAUCGUCAUUGCAGUGUGCAUAUACAUGGUGCAUCCUGGCCUUUGUCUACCCCAGCACUUAGUGUUGGGAGGGAAAACGUUCCGUGUUUUGGCAUGUUUUAGUGAAUCUGUAUCACAUUUCCGGCCCCUCUCCUUCCUUCCUCAAAGAGGAUAAAUUGGCAUAAUUUAAUAUCACACUUAUACAGUCAAUAAAGUUGUCUGAAGCUUAAGGAGCAGGGAAGGAAAUCUUUCCCCCCCACACACAGAUUAAGAAGGAUUUUUGUCCCCACAAUUCUUGUAUGACAUUGUCCACAUGAGCAUUAGACCAAAUUAUAGUGUCUUUGCUCUGUAUUCAAAGGCAGCCCAUAAAGUGACUAGACAGCCUGUAGUUCUGAGAAAAUCUGGGAAUGGACCGGAGUGAGAUUCUCUCCCCUCUCUCUCCAGAGAGCUCAUUGUGUGCCUUCUCCCAGAGUUGGAAUGAGAGGUUUUGUUUGCUUUUUGAGUAAAUAGUGGCUGUCUUAUGUGAGUAUAGCAUUUUAUAGUUUAUAUAGCAUUUUCAGAAAAGUUAUAUUUGAUUCGCACAAUUUUAUGAGAUAGUUGUGGCCAAGAUCUCAUAAUAAUUCAUAUUAAAAUCUACCUAACUUACAUUACAAUUGAAUAUUUCUCAGUAACAUAUAUAUAGUAUAUGUAUAUAUAUAGUAUAUGUAUAUACAUAUGUGUGUGUGUAUGUGUGUGUGUGUGUGUGUAUAGUCCCCCCCAUUCUACUCUUCUGAGUUUCAUGAUCACUUUUGUUUAUAACCCACUCUUUCUGUUGCACCUAAAUUUAUGUCUGUUACCUUCUGCCAGCUCUGCUCCCUCUACAACCUAUUCUCCAGCGCAUGCACACCAGUCCUUGACAUCAUCUCUUUUUAAAAAACUGUAUUUUUAUUGAUUUCAGAGAGGAAGGGAGAGGGAGAGAGAGAUAGAAACAUCAAUGGUGAGAGGAAUCAUCGAUCAGCUGCCUCCUGCACACCCCACACUGGGGAUUGAGCCCGCAACCCGGGCAUGUGCCCUGACUGGGAAUUGAACCUUGACCUCCUGGUUCGUAGGUUGAUGCUCAACCACUGACCCACACUGGCCGGGCGCCAUGAUCUCUUUUUUAAAAAUUUAAUUAGAUUUUUUUUUUCAUAUUCACCAUCUCUCAGCCUUUAUCAUCAUGGCCCAUUUUUUUUUUUUUUUGGUCAUAAAAUUUAUGAUAAGUCUGUGUACUAAAAUUAUUUUCUGGAUUUAGAUGCCAUUGUGUUUAUAUAUGAAUCAAAUAAUAGGGACAUUUUAUGUAAGAUUUUAGUGAGAGAUGUAUUUCUUUUACUUUUCUAACUUUUUUACCGUGUAGUUCUGCUAACAAACACUAUUAGUUGCUCUGAAACAUUCUAACCCAGUACUGUUUGCAUGUAGAUGUUUGUGUAUAGUACUUAUCAUAAGCAGUUUGGCAGUGCACUUUAAAAUUUGCCACUUUGAAAUGUAUCUGUACCGUCUUUCUAAUUUUUAAAUUGGUUAUACUCAUCUUGUGAACAAGGAAAAGUAUACAUAAAUUUGUAAUUCAAACAAAUGGUCA